AUGUCUUCAUCUCUCGAGCAGCUCAAGGCCACCGGCACUACCGUUGUGUCCGACUCUGGUGACUUUGUCUCCAUUGGCAAGUACAAGCCUCAGGAUGCUACCACCAACCCUUCUCUCAUCCUCGCUGCUUCUAAGAAGGAGGAGUACGCCAAGCUGAUCGAUGUCGCCAUCGACUAUGCUAAGCAGAAGGGCGGCUCUAUCGACCAGCAGGUUGAUGAUGCCCUCGACCGUCUCCUUGUUGAGUUCGGCAAGGAGAUUCUCAAGAUCAUCCCCGGUAAGGUCUCCACAGAGGUCGACGCUCGUUACUCUUUCGAUACCGAAGCCUCCGUCAACAAGGCUCUCCACCUUAUUGAGCUCUACGGCGAGCAGGGCAUCUCCAAGGACCGCAUCCUGAUCAAGAUCGCUGCCACAUGGGAGGGUAUCAAGGCUGCUGAGAUCCUCCAGCGUGACCACGGUAUCAACACCAAUCUCACCCUGAUGUUCUCUCUCGUCCAGGCUAUUGGUGCCGCCGAGGCUGGCGCUUACCUUAUUUCCCCCUUCGUCGGCCGUAUUCUUGACUGGUUCAAGGCCUCCACCAAGAAGGAGUACACCAAGGAGGAGGACCCUGGUGUCCAGUCUGUCAAGCAGAUCUUCAACUACUACAAGAAGUUCGGUUACAACACCAUUGUUAUGGGCGCCUCGUUCCGAAACACUGGCGAGAUCACUGAGCUUGCUGGCUGUGACUACUUGACCAUCUCUCCCAACCUGCUCGAGGACCUCCUCAACUCCUCCGAGUCUGUCCCUAAGAAGCUCGAUGCUUCUCAGGCCUCUUCUCUCGACAUCGAGAAGAAGUCUUACAUCAAGGACGAGGCUCUCUUCCGCUUCGACUUCAACGAGGACCAGAUGGCUGUUGAGAAGCUCCGAGAGGGUAUCAGCAAGUUCGCUGCUGAUGCUGUCACUCUCAAGAGCAUCCUCAAGGAAAAGCUCGCCUAA